CCGGUUCAAAGGUCCUCAACGUGGCUCCUGAUGUUUUCUACUCUGUGAAUUUGCUAGCGAAGAAAGUUUAGCGACUGUGGAGAAAACAAAGGUGAAAAUGGGUGAGUUUAAGGUUCACCGUGUUCGGUUCUUCGACUACAUGCCCAGUGCUAUCCGAGCCAUAGCGUUUAGCAGCCGGUCCGAGCGGCUGGCCGUAGCCCGGGCUGAUGGAGCUGUGGAGAUCUUCAACUUCGCUGACAAUUACUUUCAAGAAAAGGUGAUACCAGGACAGGACAGCAGGGCUGUUGAGGCUCUGUGUUGGGUGAACCAGCGGCUCUUCAGUGCUGGUUUGAAUGGAGAGAUCACAGAAUAUGACUUGGAGAACCUGAGGCCCAAGUACACUGUGGUGGCCUAUGGAGGACCAACCUGGACCAUUAGUAGCAACAACCAGGGAACAAUGCUAGCGGUCGGUUGUGAGGAUGGGACAGUGAAGAUGUUUGAAAUACUGGAGGAGAGGAUUCAGUUUCAAAGAAACCUUGACAGGCAGAAAGGUCGUAUUAUAUCUCUGUCCUGGCAUCCCUCUGGCACACUGAUUGCUGCUGGUAUGAUGGACAUGAUCAGAAUCUUUGAUGCUGAGACAGGCCACGCCACACACAGACUACUGGUGGAGAGAGGUGUUGGAUCAUCCAAGAGUAAAGAGGUGGUGGUUUGGAGCGUUGCCUUCCUGUCUGACCACACCAUCAUUAGCGGUGAUUCUGCAGGAAAGGUCCAGAUCUGGGACGGAUUCACAGGAACUCUGAUCAGAACUCACCUAGUUACAAAGUGGGAUGUUCUGGCUCUUUCUGUUUCACCGGAUGAGAGCAGUCUCAUAGCUGGGACAUCAGAAGGCACCGUCAUCCAAUUCCAGUUCCUCUCCUCCACUGUGGGCCAGCAGGAUAAGGAGUGGGUCCGAACUAGGACUUUUAAAAACCAUUCACAUGAUGUGAGGGCACUUGCCCACACUGAGACUGCUGUGGUUUCUGGAGGUAUGGACACUCAGCUGGUAGUGCGACCCCUGUUGGACAAAGUGGAGAAGAACACCCAAGAGUCAUCACUACGCAAAAUAGCUUUCCCACAUAGAAGUCUGGUGUGUUGUGCAAAGAAAGCAGGACUGCUGCUCUUCCAGUUCCCUGAACAUUUAGAGCUGUGGAGAUUAGGGGAGAGCGAAGGACAUGGGAAGCCUGGUGACAGUCUCCCUGUGAAGAGGAAACCAGAGAAGCUGAUCCAUCUGAAGCGGAAGGGAGAGGAUCAUAUCUGCUGCAGUGCUUUGUCUCCAUGUGGAGGCUGGAUAGCGUACACAACUGUCUCCAGUGUCCGUCUCUACAGAGUGCAGUACAGCAACAACAACAUCAGCAUCACCAAGGUUUCCAAACUCCCCAAGGACCUUCGUUCGGCCCAGCAGCUCUGCUUCUCCUCUGACUCCUCCAAACUCUUUGCUUCCUCCAGCCAGUCUUCAGUCAUCGUGGUUGCCCUCAGCCAGACGGACUGCAAAUACCUUCAUACCCUCAAACCCAAGCCAGGCUCCAGACAGCCAGUCCACCUGCUGUUUGCCAGUGAUGAUGGCAAGUGGCUCGCUACAGCAAACACAGGCUGUGAGAUCCAUGUCUACAACCUUGACAAACACAAGCUUCAUUGUACAGUUCCAGUGUACAGCUCCUGUCCCACUGCCAUCGCCAUCCACCCAGUGACCAGCAACCUCGUUGUGGUACACGCCGACCAGCAGAUCUUUGAAUACUCUCUGGUGAAGAAGGAGUACACAGAGUGGAGUCGGAAGCUGCAGAAACGAGGCCUGCAUUCCCUGUGGCUGGAGAGGGACACACCCGUCACCCACAUCACCUUCAAUCCCAGAGACCCUGCUCACAUCAUUCUGCAUGACAUGUUCAUGUUCUGCAUCAUCGACCAGAGUCUGCCCCUCCCUGAAGCAAAGACUCUGCUCUACAAUCAGAUGACACUGAAGAGUGUUCCCGAGCCAGAGAGAAUUAGACACAGCCACGCUUUUAAGAUCUGCAAGAAUUUCCAGCACCUCAUGUGUGUGAGUUUAUUGGAGGACCACUCUCUGGUUGUGGUGGAGCGCCCCCUGCUGGACAUCAUGUCUCAGCUGCCUGCACCAGUCAGGCAGAAGAAGUUUGCCACAUAAAUGAACUGAAGCAGGUUGCUCUGAGGGCGUCUCAGCCCCGAUGUUCAUACCAGAGGAAAGGAUCAUUACCUCGACGUGUCAACUCACUUUAACACUGACUUCCAAAAUGUGUGGCCACUUUGUAAAAAACUUUUGAUAAAGUAAUAAAUAGAAUUUACUGUCUCGUUUGAC